AUGGGCUCCAUCAGUGCAGCAAAUGCAGAAUUUUCUUUUGAUGUAUUCAAAGAGCUGAAAGUCCACCACGCCAACGACAACAUCUUGUAUUCCCCCCUGAGCAUCAUUGCAGCCUUGGCCAUGGUUUAUCUGGGAGCAAGAGGUAACACUGAGUAUCAGAUGGAGAAGGUUCUUCACUUUGACAAGAUUGCGGGACUUGGAGGAAAUAUUCAGACCAAGGUACAGAAAUCUAAGUGCGGCAAGUCUGUGAAUAUCCACAUACUGUUUAAAGAACUUCUCUCUGAUAUCACUGCACCAAAAGCCAAUUAUUCACUCCACAUUGCCAACAGACUCUAUGCUGAAAAGACAUGUCCAAUCCUACCGAUCUACUUAAAAUGUGUGAAGAAAUUGUACAGAGCAGGUUUGGAAAUGGUCAACUUCAAAACAGCGUCAAAUCAAGCCAGACAGCUCAUUAAUUCCUGGGUGGAAAAUCAGACGAAUGGACAGAUACAAGAUUUCCUUGAACCAGGCUCUGUUGACCUCGAUACUGUGCUGGUUCUUGUGAACGCCGUUUACUUCAAAGGGAUAUGGAAGACAGCAUUUAAAGAAGAAGACACUCGGGAAUUUCCCUUCAGUGUGACAAAGCAAGAAAGCAGACCUGUGCAAAUGAUGUUUCAAAAUGGUACCUUCAAAGUGGCAGCGGUGCCCGCAGAGAAAAUGAAGAUCCUGGAGCUUCCGUAUGCCAGCGGGCAGCUGAGCAUGUUGGUGCUGUUGCCUGAUGACAUCUCUGGCCUGGAGCAGCUUGAGAACAAGAUCAGCUUUGAAAAACUUACAGAGUGGACCAGUCCGAAUGUGAUGGAAAAGAAGAGAGUGAAAGUGUACCUCCCGCGCAUGAAGAUUGAGGAAAAAUAUAACCUCACAUCUGUCUUAAUGGCCCUGGGUAUGACCGACCUGUUCAGCCCUUCGGCCAAUCUGUCUGGCAUUUCUUCAGCAGAGAGCCUGAAGAUAUCUGAGGCCAUGCAUGAGGCGUACAUGGAAGUUAAUGAAGAGGGCACCGAAAUGGCAGGCUCAGCAGGGGUGAUGGGAGACAUCAAGCAUUCCUCUAAGUUUGAAGAGUUUAGGGCUGACCACCCUUUCCUUUUCUUGAUCAAACACAAUCCAACCAACAGCAUCCUCUUCUUUGGCAAAUAUUGUUCCCCCUAA